GUAGACCAGAACCAGCUGAACGACGUAAGGCUAUACCAUGCUUCGAAAUGUCCUAGGAAAAACCUUUCGGUUUCUUGGGUAUACUGUGCAAUACGGCUGCAUAGCACAUUGUGCCUUUGAGUACCUUGGUGGAAUUGUUGUGUGUUCUGGACCUUCAAUGGAACCAACCAUUCAAAAUUGUGAUAUUGUUUUUUCGGAGAACCUUAGCCGCCACUUUUAUUGCAUUCGAAAAGGAGAUAUUGUAAUUGUGAAAAGCCCAAAUGACCCCAAAUCAAAUAUCUGUAAAAGAGUAAUUGGCUUAGAAGGGGAUAAAGUCUGCACAAGCAACCCUUCAGAUUUCCUUAAGAGUCACAGCUAUGUACCUAAAGGACACGUUUGGUUAGAAGGUGAUAAUCUCAGGAAUUCUACAGAUUCCAGAUGCUAUGGACCUGUUCCUUAUGGACUGAUAAGAGGACGCAUUUGUUUUAAGAUAUGGCCUCUGAAUGACUUUGGAUUUCUACGUGCAAGCCCCAAUGGCCACAGAUUUCUGGAUGAUUAAAAGAUUUAAGUAACUACUGCCAGCUUUCAUAGUAUUUUCUACUAAAAUUAAUGGAACUAUUUUUGUUUAGAAUAAACACAAGUAUGACUUGA